AUGACAGCGGGCGAGAUAGCUUGUUUAUUCUUUAAAUAUGCGUCAAUACCAGUCGCUGUUGUGGUUGGGUUAUAUGCGAUCCUCCUAGGGUUACUCACCACAUCAAGCUUCCAAUCACAUGUCGUUUACCUCCACGCAUUUCGGAUGACACGGUUAAAAGACCUCAAUGUCCCCGAAAUCUUUGGGUUCCUGAGGAACCAAGUCACUCCGUUCUUCAUCAAAACGCCGGACGGUGAACGCCUGUACGCUUGGCAUAUUCUUCCCAUAGAAUUAUAUCGCAAGCAUCAAAUACCUCUUAUUAGAGAUCCUGUAGGCUUGGUGUCCGAUAUCAAGUCUCGACUGGCAUUUCAAUUAUUGCGAGAGGACCCCGAUGCUCGUUUGAUUCUUCACAUGCACGGCGCUGGCGGAGCCGUCGCCUCAAGAUACCGGGUCCCGAAUUACCGUGCGCUGUCAGCGGGGAAUCCUGGAAAAAUCCAUGUUCUGACAUUUGAUUACCGAGGAUUUGGCAAGAGUACCGGGUCGCCAUCUGAAUCCGGGCUCGUCGUCGAUGCUCUCGUUGUGGUAGACUGGGCAAUCAAUGUUGUAGGAAUCCCUCCAUCUCGAAUUUUGAUAUUUGGUCAAUCGAUGGGCACGGCCGUGAGCAUCGCUGUAUCCAAGCAUCUUGCUAUACAAAAUCCACCAAUAGUCUUCGCAGGCACGGUUCUGGUUGCACCAUUCGUGGACGUCGCGACAUUGGUCUCAACUUAUCGAGUUGCGGGUACGGUGCCAAUCUUGUCGCCGGUUGCGAGGUUCCCUUUCCUCUUCAAAUAUCUUCAGCGAUUCAUUCGAGACAAAUGGCUGAGCAAGGAUUGUAUUGCGCAAUAUAUCCGCGCUAACGAGAUGAACGGAGAGAAAUACCGAAUAACGAUAAUCCAUGCCGAGGAUGACUUUGACAUUCCAUGGCACCAUUCUCAGCUUGUAUUUUGGCAUGCGGUCAAUGCUUCGAUGCCAGCCGGGAUCAGUUAUGACGACCUUGAACAAAAGAAGCUCGACUCGAAAGCAGAGCUGGGAGCUGCUGGGUCCAUGAUGGAAUGGAAAACGGGGAACGGGGUUAUUCGCGAAGAAAUUUUGAAAACUGGAUUGCACGAUUUUAUCAUGGGGUACCCGGUGGUAGCAAUGGCGGUGAUGCGAUUUUUUGAGGCGGCAGAUCCAUCAUUUACCUAA